AGUACUGGGAAUCCAUGUUGAGAGAUUUUCCAGCUCGCGUCGAUGAAUUUGUUGGGGACAUAAUCCGGUCUGAUCCACAGUCGGCUUAUUUUCUUAUUACUGACACUUUUUAUAAUUGGCCUGCAACAAUUGCCAGGAAAUAUAACCUCGUGAAUGUGUCAUUCUGGACAGAACCAGCAUUAGUCUUUUCCAUAGCUUAUCACUUGGACCUUCUUAGAGAAAAUUGUCAUUUCCCUUGUAAAGACAAUAUUGAGGAGAAUAUAAAUUACAUACCUGGAGUUUCUUUGAUAAAUACAAGGGACUUUAUGCCAUACCUUAAAGAAUCUUCCCUAGAUUUGAUGCAGCAAAAGAUUGGGAUGAAAACAUUUGAUGACCAAGUGAAGAAAGCGGAUUUUAUUUUACUGAACACCGUUCAAGAACUAGAAUCUGAGACAAUAUCAGCUCUACAGCAAAAGCAGCCAACUUAUGCAAUUGGCCCGGUAAAUUUUUCACCUGAUUCCAACAAGCCAGCCACUUCUCAGAAUUUAUGGCCUCAAACUGACACUAAAACGUGGCUGGAGUCGAAGCCUCCCAGCUCAGUUUUGUACCUGUCAUUCGGCAGCUUUGAUCUGACUAGUAAGCAGACAAUCCAAGAAAUAGCUCAUGGACUUCUCCUUAGCAAAGUUAGUUUUAUUUGGGUGGUUAAAAGGGAUAUUGGGAGCUUUAAUGGUACUGAUGAUUUGCCCCUUGGAUUCGUGGACGAAAUCAGAGAUCAAGGGUUGAUUGUUCAAUGGUGCAAUCAACAUAUGGUACUUUCGCAUCCAGCUAUUGGAGGAUUCUUGACGCAUUGUGUAUGGAAUUCAAUAUUGGAAAGCAUAUGGUGUGGUAUACCUAUGAUUUGCCAUCCAUUAGCAAGUGAUCAACCCACUAAUAGGAAAUUAGUUGUUGACGAUUGGAAGAUUGGAAUUAAUCUUUGUGACGGAGAAUCAGUUACCAGGGAAGAAGUUGCAAAGAAAAUUGACAACUUGAUGAGUGGAACAGUAUUGGAUGGAUUAAGGAUGGAGAUCAAGAAAGUAAGAACCAUACUGCAGAAUGCUUUGGCAAUAGAUGGAUCAUCAGAGAAAAAUAUUGAUCAAUUCAUUAAAGAUUUGAAGGCAAAAAUUCAUGAUAAAAGCCAGAAUAUGACAAGAAGUUAGGCAUGCUAAGGUUUGUUUAGUUCAGGACAGGGCAGUCACUUGUCAUUAGUCCUGGAAAAUAUUACAUGUUUGAAAUAAUACAACACCAAAAGCAACAUGCGAUCAUG